AUCUGAAGAUGUUCGCCAUUCACACUAAACACUCAUAGGCAUAUGAUUACUCAACAUGUCGACUUAAGUGCUGUUCGCUCGCACCAUUGUGCUUGCCGCACGCAGUCCUAGCCUUCUGUUCAAUCAAUACCCGCUCAACUUAUUCCGAUUCUCCCUGCUCCUGCGCUUAUACAGCUGAAAGCAUGUCUGCACCGAUUGUCUUCAUCACGGGAUCUACUGGUUUCAUUGGAGCCCAGGUCACCCUAGCUGCCUUAUGUGCUGGCUAUAAUGUGAGGUUGAGUGUCAGGCGCUCAACUCAAACCGAAGGACUGCGUCAAGCAUUCCACGAGUUUGAUGAUAAGCUCGAUUUUGUCGUCAUACCUGACUAUACCAUAGCGGGUGCCUUUGACUCUGCGCUCAAGGAUGUGCAUCAUAUCAUUCAUCUUGCUUCUCCCCUACCCAAACCCGGCGAAGAUCUUCUGACCCCAGCAGUCAAGGGGACGACCUCGGUACUAGAAUCCGCGCAUCGCACUCCAUCUGUUAAGACGGUUGUCAUAACCGCAUCGGUAGCGUCCUUAAUCCCCCUCGGAAAAGGGGCUGAUGGGCUUGUUGUGACCGAAAGUAUCGACAAGGAAGAGCUAUCUUUCGACCACUCCAUCGUUCCCUCACUUGAGCCAUUUGGCCAAUACCAUGCUAGCAAAUUGGCGUCGUACACGGCCACUCUAGACUUUGUUGCAUCCAAAAGUCCUCGCUUCUCUACUGUCACGCUCCAUCCCGUGUUCGUAUUCGGCCCGAGCCUUCUACAAUAUUCACCGGAAGAGCUAUCUGGGACGAAUGCGAUGCUGUUCGGAUCGCUAUAUUCAGAAGAGCCGAUGUUCGCACCGUUUCGCGGCGUACAUGUACUGGAUGUUGCGGAGGCUCAUAUUAAAGCUCUUCAUCUGCCCCAAAGAGCAAUAUCUUCGUAUCUGCUCUCUGCAAAGGAUCGUUCAUGGGAGGAGGUGCUGGACUUUGUCAAGGAAGAGUUUCCCACGGCGGGCUUUAAAGCGAAGGCAAAGUCCGGUGACCGCUGGAAUGUUGACACAACUCGUGCUCAGAAUGAACUCGGCCUACAGUCGUGGAGGGAGAUGGAGGUGCAAGUCAAGGACGUGGUGGAUCAGCAGCUAAAGCUUCGUGCCAGUGAGGCUAGCAGAGCCAACAAGCCCCCAGCAUAG